UCUAUUGCUAAAACUGAAAACCUUAUAAAAUGCUAAUAAUAACAUCACAACACCGUUCGGCUCCUUUACGAUUUCCACAGCAAUUUUACAAAUUGACUCCCAACUUAGUUUCAAUUUGCUGCUUCUCAUCCGCAUCGCCGCCCAUGGACGCCCCAAAUUCGCCUAAAAAGGUGGUGGUUUGCGGCGGCGGAAUCAUCGGAGUCUGCACCGCAUACUUCUUAUCCAAAAAAGGUGCGGCCGUCACACUUAUAGAAAAAUCAUCCAUUGCUUGUGCUGCUUCCGGCAAGGCCGGCGGUUUCCUCGCUCUUGAUUGGUGCGAUAGUGGACCAGUUUCUUCACUCGCACGUGCCAGCUUCAAUCUCCACCGUUCAUUGGCCGAAGAACUCAACGGGCUAGAAGUAUAUGGUUAUCGACCCGUCACUACACUCAGUUUCUCAAUUACAGAAUCAUCCUCCUCGGCAAGAAAAGCAAGUCCUAGUGUUCCUUCAUGGGUAGAUGGGCCGGCGAAAGGCCCAAGGACUAUUGGAACAACUGAGACGACGGCCCAAGUUCAUCCGCAGCUGUUUACGAAGACGCUUCUUUCGAAGGCGGUGGCGGAUUACGGAGUGGAGGUGGUGAUCGGAAAAUUGGAGGCGGUGAAGGUGGUGGAGGAGAAGGCGGAGGCGGUAGUAUUGGAGGGUGGGAGAGAGAUUGAGGCUGAUGCGGUGGUUUUGGCACUUGGGCCUUGGACUAGUAAGUUAAAGCUUUUGGACUCAAUUUUUAGAGUCUAUGGGCUUAAGGCCCAUAGCAUUGUUGUGGAGCCCAAAGACCCUGCUGCAAUCACGGCCCAUGUUCUGUUUUUGAGUUACUAUCCGGCCCAAGGAGGGAAACCCAUGGACCCUGAGGUGUACCCUCGUCCAACAGGGGAGGUGUACAUAUGUGGCAUGGCAGCCGAGGCAGAGGUUCCCGAUGAUCCUGAGCAGGUGGCACCCGUGCCAGAGUCAAUUCAGGUGCUUAAGAGAGUGGGUAGCAAUGUGUCGAGCCAUUUGGUGGAAGGAGAAGCCACAGUGAAAGCUGAGCAAGCCUGCUUCUUACCUUGCACCGAUGAUAGUGUGCCAGUUAUUGGAGAAAUUCCUGGAGUCAAGGGAUGUUAUGUAGCGACUGGACAUAGUUGUUGGGGCAUUCUCAACGGUCCGGCCACUGGAGCCGCAGUGGCCGAGCUUGUAGUGAAUGGUUGUUCUAGUAUUGUUGAUCUUAGCCCAUUUACUCCGGCCAGGUUUGCUCGCCACAGAAAAUGAUAAGAUAUUGCAGAGCUUGGCCUGCAGGGUAUUUACUGCGGUGCAAGUCUCUGUUCGGCUGUGUUCUGGCAUCCUAUUAAGACUUCUUAAUGACUCGGGUACAUGUUAAGGUGAUACACCAAUAGCACUUGGGGCUUGGGUUAGCCCUUGUGGCAAAAUCUUGGAAGAUGUCACUCGAAGCCGUGGAUCUUUUGCUACCAAACGUCUGAGCCAAUGCAUCAGAUUAGUAACUGCUGUUCCCCAUUGUGAGCCCUUCAAGCCCAAAGUCUUCAACUUCGGGCUCCAUAUUGAAAUCCAAUCGGAUGUUUAUUGGGCUUCAAAUUCCCAAGCACAUGCUUCUUCUCAUGUAUAGAACAGAGCUUUAGGUUCCCCAGAAAUAAAAAUUCAAAAUAUACUUAUGUUAGCAUCUGGAAACACCUCAAUUCUUCAUUGCUAAAGGUAAAUCAUCCUUUAGAUACGGAAAUCGUAAUCAACAUUGUAUUCCUCCUCCUAAAAACUAAAAAGGUUACCUUUAAGCUGUAACUCUUAAGAUUUAAUAUGUUACUGAAAUUCAAAAAAUUCAAAUGAGCAAUCGGUCUAAAACUUGAUCAAACAAUCAUAUUUCAAAAUUGAUGAUCUCAAACAAGUCACGGAGGAUAGUACUUUCCCAUGCAAAUAUCCUUCGUAAAAUAAACGUCCCGUGUUAUGCUUUAGAGGAAGCACACGUUACUAUAUCAAGUGCAGUGGCAUAUGCUUACUAAAUUUAAGUCCCAACUCAUGUUAGUAGAAAUCAUAUGCUCUUUGCUAUCUUAUGCACAUGUAACUGGUCAAGAAGCUUGUUAGUGUAUCUUAAAAAGACAUUUUUAUUUAUAAAUAGUAACUUAUGUAUGAUGGAGACUAUUUU